AUGAAUUUCUUUGAUUGGAUGUACAAGACAUCGCGGAAGAAACUUCUUCAGUCAUAUGAUGAAUACUGGCGACGUCUUUGCCAAUACUUCGGCCUGUUCGCCCGGCGCCGCGUAAAUGGCGAAGUCCAUGAACAGAUGCGACGAUUUCUUGAACGUGUAUUCCCUGCUGAGCGCAAGAUCCCCAGGCGUACGAAGAAGAAGAACACACUGGACGUGGACGUCUUCUGCGUCACCUACCGCCAUCACUGGGUCCAUUCAAGAUAUUUCCGUCACGGGAGCAUGUUCAUUCAAUUUGCAACAAUCCAGCUCUGGUCCUCCGUCACCGGGACUCGACCAGGCGUGCUACUUCCGCAGAGAACGUCAGUGGAUAAGUCGACCCUUGGCAAACGCAAGCGGGCCCAGACUUUCCAGAGCGACCUCCCCAAACAUGUUUUAUUGAAUGAUCUCCCAGACACAGUCUGCUACCGUGAUAUCGAGUUAUUUUAUCUUAAAGACCCAAAUAGCAAACGUGACGUCCUUUGUGCCAUAAUUGAGUUUUGCAAUCUCAAGGGGCGGCCAGAAGGCGCUGAUGGAACCAAAUUUUUUAUGCAUGGAGAUUACCAGCUGGCAUACUGCCCGAUCAACCAAAUUAUCUCAUAUGCCUUCCGUGACGGGGCUUUUCUCAAUACCGCGCUGACACCAGAACUAAUAUGGCGACUUCAAGUACCGAAACGUAGCCAGUCUCUUCCCCUACGCUGGAAGCCGGAAAUGCUAAAUACUCCUCUCCUUCGGCGUGUUGAGCGCACUCCAUAUGGCUAUGAACUUCAUAAAUCUUUGCCAAUGACUUAUAACUCCAGCCGAGAAGCGCUCCAAGAGUUAGGUCGAGAUGCAAGAUUUGAAGAUGAUAUUGGUCAUUAUAACUACCGGCGCUGGACUGCAAAUGAAGUUAAUCGAACCUUUACCAGCCAGGAGCGGAAAAGGGUGCUCGGUCAGUCCGGUGAUGCAGUCUUUGAAAAGCACUACCAAUCAGAGUUUAUCCAGCGUGAUCUUCAGCAUGUUGUCCUUCUCCGACCGUCUCAGGAAGGUCUCCUUCGGCUCGCCGGAAGCAUGCUCAGGAAAAGGGAUAUUUUAGCUCCGUCAAAUCUUACGGACGCGCAGCGACGCGCUAUUUGCCGGAACCCGGAAAUUUUAGAGCUCCGAAGAGAGAAGAGGGAGUUGAUGGAGGAGAUGCGAUCUCAGGCUGGCACCGUCCAGAAUGCGAAGGAGCCUUUUCCUCACCUCUUUCAAAGGCACGAAGCAGUAAAGAAAGAACUCUCUCAGCUAAGAAAGACCCUAUCAAGCAAUACCCGUGAAACAGUCAGAAAGGAAUAUUUUCACAAUGCGCCCGUGCUGGAGGUCGAUAAACAGAUCAAGCAACUUCUCGGCCAGUCCGAUGUUGAAGACAGUGAUGAUGACAGCUCUGGUGGUGAAAAUUGGGAACUUCCCAUCCCAGAGUACAUCUUUCCUGAGCGGGCGCGCCUCGUGGAAAAUUUCUACGGACCUGAAGCGGAGGACUUUGAUGAGGAUAAGCUGCUUGCACGACGUAUCCAGGUUACCAAAGACAUGGUUGCACUCAUGCAACUCUGCGAGCCAAAUCGGCGGGGCAACCGAAUCAAUUGGAAUAUAAACGAUAUUGAGGAAAGUGAGAUGUCUGAAGAGCCAUUGACUCCUGAAAUGGAAACCCUGGAUUGUCCAACAGAUGUUUGCAUCAUCUGUUGCGGUUUAUCCCGCCGUUCAGCAUCCAAUCCUCCUCCCCAUAAAUUCCCCUCCAGGCGAAAAGAUUCUCUUCGUCGCCAUCUCAUCGAUUCUCAUCUCACCUGUGCACGCGACGGGAUCAGCUGCACUUGGGCAGCUUGCCACAGUGUCCCUAAGUUCACCGAAGUCACUGAAUUCUUGGCCCAUGCGGCGACUGUGCACAAGUAUGAUGUCCAAAUUAAACUGCAACAUCUCCCAAAGAAAUCUCGGAUAGCCUGCAGCGAUACUUUAUCGAUUGACAGCUCAGACGCUUCUCUCAAAUCAGAUGGUCACUCAAGCAUUGAAACUCCCGCUUCAUCCAUUGACUUUGAGAUGGGAAACAUCGACCCGCGCUUGUUGGAAUCCCAUACAGCCGCCGUCACGAAACCUCUGCUGCGUCGGCAAAAGAGAUUGGAAUUCCAAUGA